GCCAGUAAAUGACGCGUCGUGGCGUUUGAACGUUAAACGAUAUCCGAAAAGUUUCAACUUAAAACUUGUGGCCCAUAAAAUAAAAAAAAAAAACUAUAUAGCUGAUGAUCCUUCAGCAGUGCGGUGCAUUUGAGUGAAAAGUAGUGUCAGUGAAGUGUAUAGUUUAUUUUUUAGUAAUUUCAAUUUACCGUUUCAAUUGAACGUUACUGUUUUGUUCAACAAAAAGCGCGUAAUAACAAGCCGCGCUGAACGCAAGAGAGGGCCGUAUAUGGUUAAGUUGAUUCUUCGGGCUGGCGUCCACCGGUGAAAGUAGACCUUUGUUAAGUUCAUAAGGACACGAGCCAAUUGCAACUAACUCGAAACGACGUUUCGUGUGUAGUUGCGACGGGAAGGUUGUGUCGGGGCCGCCGGUAACUAUGGCUGCCGGUGUCGAAACAAACCCCUGAGCUAGCGGGCAGUGCGGAUGUCGGGCGGAGGCGGCGGCGCGGGGCUGAUGUCGUGCGUGCGCGAAGGCUCCCUCGAGCCGCCCUACCGACCGCCGCACGCCGAAACCAAUACUCAUGGCGAAGGGCGCACAGGUCGGUUUUUGCGCGGCUUGCGGCGUAUGUUUAAGCGACGCGCACGCGCAGAUAGCUCGCCCGACCCAAAGAGUAGCUCAACCAGUGAGCUGUUGGACGCUGAGCGACACACGAGAAGAAAAGACGGCGCUUACGGCAGCGGACUGUCAGUGUCACACGACUCGGUCUUUACCGGCGAGCGAUCAGGCGACGAGUCGAGCGACGAACGACCCACUCCCGCGCAUGGGCUCGCACAUGUUGCCACUUCACAUCGGGCGGAGCUUGUAGCGGCGGUGCGGCGGCGCGGUCGAGGAGACAGCGAUGAUGAUGAGGAUCUCGGCUUACCCCGUAGUCCACCGGCUUCUCCCCCCACGGAUAAAGCCGAUAAGCGUCACCAUGCUGGUAUAUCCCAGUCCUCUUGCAGUGAUGGCUCCCUCCUCAGCGUUGGUUCCUCUGAGAUGGACGAGGACAGCAGUAGCGGUCAUCAGCACGACCACUCCAGAAGCGAUCACUCCGACCUUUACAAUUCAUCGGAGCCGCCGCCGGGCGUGGCGCCGCUGUCGCACUCGGCCGCGCGACACAAGAUGGCGGUGCGACCGCGACGCACGCACGGCGCUCCCAGACGGAAGAAAGCUAAUUCCAUUGCCGCCUCAGCCUUGCCAAUAACACCCGAGCUGAACGAAGAAAUGAUACGAAGCACUACUCCUGAAGUCAGUCACAAGGUCUCAGAAGUCGUUACUGAAUCAUUCUCUUCAUCGACCACUACGAAGCAUCAUAUGAUCGUUAAAGAGCAGCAUCACCAACUGAAUCGAGAGCUACAGAAGGUUAUGGAAACUCCAAGCGAUACCAAAUUAAAGUCAUCCUCGUUACCACCAGGAUUAGCGUUGAGCCAGCUCGUCGGACAAUCUCCGGCGAAAUUGAGCAUCGCUGAGUCUAACACGCCGAGAUCUUCUAUAAAAAGGAGCAAAUCGAGCACGCAAGACCAGCCGCUCAGGGAAACUUCGCCGAAGGUGCAGACGAGUGACGUUCACGCAUAUCAAUCUAACGAAAGGAUAUCUAAAUAUCGCUCAGAGAAAAAGUACGCCGAAGAAUCUUGCCUCGAAAAGAAAUCUAAAUCGGAGAAGAAAAUCGAGAACGAAGUCAUAAGAUCUUCGAAGAAAGAGGAAUCGUUUUUCAGUAGACUGCUUUUAAGAAAGAGUGGAAAGAAGUCGAAGAAGGAUCAGACUGACGGGGAUAGCCAGCAAGAAGUUAAAAAAACGAAAACAGACAAAUCUACAGCUCAAUAUAAAACUGUUGAUUCGGAGCGAAGUAGUUACUAUUACGCAGAACAAAGUCAGAGAUAUAAACCUACUCCCGCAGACCGCAACUACAAAUCUGCAGGUCAAAAAGUCUUCUCUAAUCAAAUGCACAAAAGAAUUGAUAAUAAAGGUGCUUACGUUCAUGACGGAGCAUAUAAAGAUGUUUACAGCGCAGCAAAAGUUGCAGGGGUCGAAUACAGCAUCACUGAUCUCAAAGUCGCUGAAGAAACAGAUAAGAUGUUAAACCAAGAAAUCAAAAGUCGUUUCAGUCGACGUGAUGAAUUUUGUGAAAGAGUGGAAAGAACCAAACGUUCAUCUUCCAAGGAAGCUAUUGAUGAAAAUAAAAGGGAAUCAUUUAGUUUGCAUCAUGAUAAGACUAAAAGGCCAGCAUCCGUUCAAAGAUUGAUUGAUCCAUAUUCAUCUAAAGCAUUUAUACUUAAUGAGUUGGCAAGCAGAACAAAAGAGGAGAGCCCAUGUGCUAUGUUUUUUGAAAACGAACCUCCCGCGCGAGGAAUGAAAUACAAAAACGUGAACGAUUCCGUGUUCCAUAGUAUGCCGAAAACCAUACCAUACUUUAACCCAUCUGUGUCGUCUUCUCCUACAAAAAAUAUGGCUCAUAGUUCUGAAAACGUAAAAUAUAUGAGUCAAUCUUCAGAUGCAUCUGACUUUCGAGAAAAAGAAAUUAUAUCCAAACGUGAGACAUUUCAUCACGUUGGCAAGACAGAGGAGUCUUAUGUCACAUCUGGUAUGAGAUCUCUUGGAGAUGAGUAUGUGGAGACCAGAAGCAGUAUUGGGAAAUCUCACAGCUUUCGUUACGCUUCUGAAUCACCUUCUAUAAGCUCGCAAGAAAAUCAAAUGCCCAGUCUACCAGCCAUCGUUGGUAUUUCUGAACCUUUGCUUGAAAGCUGGGAAGUAAAUUAUAGAAGAAACGUCAGCGAGAGACAUGAUUAUUCCAAGAGGGUAUCAGCUAGAAACUACGGCAUACUCCAAGGUAAUUCUGAAGUUAACUACGAUAGUUUGCCUAGCACUGAUAGCAGUUACCUUGACAGUCUAAAACCUGACAUAAACGAAGACAGGCAACUUUUCACAAACAGUAUUCACAUUACAAUGGAUUCCCAUAAACGCGACAGUGAUAUUUCACAGAUUGAAGCUAAAAUUGAUGAUAUUAUUAGUUCCCCUAAGCCUAUCAUAUCUCCAAUAACCAAGUCUAAUUCUUUGGAUAGCAUAAAGAGUAGUCCAGAAAAACCUAUGGAUGAUAGAAGAAAAACUAUUUCUGUUGAAAGUGCUUUAGGUCAGACUAGUAAGAAUAACAAUCAAAAAGAAAUCAAAGUUGAUACUGAAGGAUUUAUAUCGGUAACACAUAUUAACAAAGAUCUCACACCAAUUAUGAUAAAGACCCCAGACACAGCAAAACUCAGCAAGAGCGAUGAAAAAGUUCAAAAGUCAGGAACGACAAAGUCUGGUGUACCAGAAUUUCUUCAUAUACAAUUAAACAAAGUUGAUACUAAGCCUGUUACUAACGUGGUGUUAACCGCCAACGUUACACCAAAAAACAGCCCGCCAGCCGAUAAAGGUGAAAAUAUCGAGAGCUUUGUCAACGUGGAAACAAAACCUACGCAAGAUAUUCAAGUCAGAAAAGACUCCUUCAAGAAAAGUGAUAGUGUAGAAAAAACUCCACCAGACGAAAAAACACUGAGCGUUAGUUCCAAAUCUUCUGGCACUAGUGCCGGCAAUGUAACCCCACAGAGCCCUCAAACCCCAAAACAUUUCUUCAAAAAGAAAUCGACUAGCGUUGAUGCUCAGGAUCGGCUUGAGAAACCUCGAACGAGCUCAGUGAGCACAGAAGGAAGUACGGAAAAAAUAGACGACAACAUAUCAAUCGAUCAAAAAUCACAUUCAAGUUUCGGAAGCAAAAGUUCGAUCCAAAGUACUGACAGCAACGAAAACAAAAUUCCUGACCGACAAGAAGAAGCUGUCAUAUAUCGAAGGAGACAUUUAAGCAAAGAGUCCCGGGGCGACAGGAAGAAUGAAGAUGAACCCGAGUUGAUGAAAGUGUUCGCCCGACGAUCUCUAAAACUGAAAGAUUCCGAAGCCGACCACAUAGCACAGGAAAUAGCUGAAUGUACCAAAACUGAAGAUAACGCUGCUGCUCGGGCAAAGAUACUCAAAAAUGAAUUUAACGCGUCGAUCAAAUCAAGGGACAGUGAUAAAGAGAACGAAGACAAUAAAGAACAGACUGCUGAGAACAAGAUAGUUGAUAUCGCAGCUCGCGUCAGUCAGUUCGGUGCUCACUAUCAGAGAAGUGUCAGUAUAAACAGCGUAAGCACCAAAAGGGACAGCGCUCCGGUUUACAGAAGCGAAGUUAACAAAUACAAGAAAGAAGUAUCAGACUCGACUCCGGAAAAAAGAUUAAGGAACAGAACAUUCCCGGAUUCGUCGAACGAUCGAGAAGACAUUAAGAGUAUCACCAAAAGCGAAGCGAUGGCGUACAAAGCGGAUACCUUAACGAAACGGCCUUGGCAACGGAAAGAUGAGUUCAGGCAGUCGGUCGAGAAGGAAAAGCGAGAAAGUUCUGUGAUAGAAAAAGAUGGAGAUAACGAAAAGCUUGAGAGUGAGAAGGAGAAGGCUGUUGAAGGAGAAGCGGAUGCGUCUCCGCAAUUCAAAGGAAUUUUGCAAAUGAGAGCGGAGUGGGAGAGACGAGCUAAACAGGGGAUGACCAAAUAAAUAAUGGUGCUAAGCUUAAAAAUAACGUAGUUCUCAUUGAGUUGAGUUUUAUAUAUUAAAAACUAUUUUAAAUAAUAAGACAAAUUCUGUUUUAGCAGAUUGACAUCGUAAAGAUAUUGUAUUUUAAAUAUUUCUAGAUGCAAGUCGUACGAUUGUUGGAUUGUGAUGAGAUAUUGGUUUUAUAAUUAAAAAUUUAUAUUCCGAUGUUUGUUAGGAAAAGAAAUAAUAGGUGAAUAUAUUAGAAUUAGAAAAUAGCCAAAAAUGUUUUUUUCUAAAGAUUGCAUUUAAAGCAGUUUUUUAACGAUAUAUUAAAAUAAGGAAUCUACAUGAUAAAGUGUAUAUUGAACAAGCAGGUUACAUAAUUAUUAAAUAAUAGAUUUUUUCUUCGUAAAAUAAGAAAAGAGUUUUUACGCUCUUAAUAUUAUUUAAAAAAAAAAAAAGAUUUAGAUACAUGAACUUUUAUCUAAGAUAAACUUAGAAACACUAAAGUAUCUAGAAGAUGCGAACUCACUUCUGACAUAUAAUUUCGACUUGACACAUUGAAUAGGUUAAAACUUCAUUGAUUACACAAAUGUAUAAUGAAUGUAUUUGCAUAUAUUUUCAUAUAUAAACAGAAUGUCGCUAUAUACAUACGCGUUGAUAUAUUUAAGUAGACCUUCAAAUUAUUCUCAUAUUAACGUUAUUAUAUAAAUUUUUAGUACAUUAGCUAACGUUCGUUGUUAAGUGUAUUUUUGAGUGGUAUUGCAAUGGUGUAGCCCAUAGUUAUAUUUUAUUACAGACUACAUUAUGUAUUUAACAUUUCUGAACUGUGAAAUACAAAUUUUAUUCCUAUAGUUU